AUGACACCGCCGACGAAGCCGACCAAGAAGCCGGCCAAGAAGGCCAAGCAGGUCAAGCCGCUCGCGGUCGCACCCGGCAGCAACUGGCAAAAGCUCAAGGCCUCCGUCGCCAAGCCGGCCUCCAACAAGCCCAAGAAGCACGACCUCGCGCCGGCGCCCAAGGCCAAGAAGGCCAAGGCGGCGCCCAGCAUCGACUGGAUCGACACGAGCCUCAUCGUGGCCAUGGAUUGCGAAAUGGUCGGCGUCGGCUCGGACGGCAAGCGCAGUGUGCUCGCUCGCUGCAGUAUCGUCGACUUUGACGGCAACGUCGUCUACGACGAGCAUGUCAAGCCGCUCGAGCGCGUCACCGACUUUCGCACGCACGUCAGUGGCAUCCGCGCCAAGUCUCUGCGCGACGCGCUCCCGUUUGAGCAGUGCCAGAAGGACGUGGCGGCCAUCUUCGACGGCAAGAUCGUGGUCGGGCACGCCAUUCGAAACGAUAUGCAGGCACUCAUGCUCACCCACCCCAAGGGUAUGAUCCGGGACACGACCAAGUACCGGCCGUACAUGCGCCGCAAGGUCAACGGCACCAAACUGUACCCCAAGGCGCUCAAGCACUUGGCCGAAGAAGUGCUGCACAAGACGAUCCAGACGGGCGAGCACGACUCGGUCGAAGAUGCGCGCAUCACGCUCGAGCUCUACAAGCGCGCGAUGGGUCCGUGGGAGAAGGCUAUCCGAGCCAGCAAGGCGCCGGGCCUCCUCGUGGGCCAGCAGCCGCCCAAGCUCCACCCCAAGACCAAGGCCGUCAUCUCCGACACGCCCGCGACCGUCGACUCGGACGAGGACGAGUUUGACGCGGCAAUUCGCAACAUGGAACAGGGCCGCGUCAAGGCCACGUAAAGGCUUUGCGAUCCCGGACGCCAAGCAGCUGUCGCUGGCCGAGUACGACGAAUAAGACUUCCUCAACGCCAUAGUACCAUCUUCUUGUCCGA